AUGCUUGGUACUUUUGUAUCCAGAAGAUUUAAUUCUGUUCACCAUGGGUCUGUCAAGGUUUCUUUGCCUUCUAAGCCGCUAAGGAAAAUUAAGCUAGGGAAGGCUAGACCACCUAUAUAUCAUCAGUUUGAUAUGCAAGUCGAGCUUAGUGACGGGAGUGUUAUCACUAGGAGGUCUCAAUAUCCUAAGGCGGAAGUAAGACUAAUCCAAGAUCAAAGGAACUCCUUACUGUGGAGUCCAACCAGGGAAGACUUGGUUGUGGUCGAUGCCAAUGCAAGUGGAAAAAUGCAAAAGUUCAAGGAGAAAUAUAAUUCAAUCUACAGUCUUGGAGCGCCUGCUACCAGUGCCAAAAAAGGGCAGCAGGGUGCCUCCGAUAAAGCUGUUGAGGGAAACAGCGAGGAAGCGCAGGAUAGUUUUGAUAUGGAUAGCUACUUCGGUAUUUUAAGUGAGAACGCAGUUGAGAUAAAAGGUGGUAAUCUUGCAAAGAAGACGAAGAAAGGCAAAUGA